AUGGACGCCAUUAAGGCGACCUUUGCCAAGUGCAAGGAGCAGAAGCGCGCUGCCCUUGUCGCUUAUAUUACUGCUGGUUACCCCACAGUCGAUCAGGCCGUUGACACCAUGCUUGGAAUGGAAAACGGUGGUGCUGAUAUCAUUGAGCUCGGAAUUCCCUUCACAGACCCCAUUGCCGAUGGUCCCACUAUCCAGACUGCUAACACUAAGGCCCUUGAGAAUGGUGUGACUCUCACUACCGUCCUGGAGUUUGUCCGCACUGCUCGUAGCCGAGGCUUGAAGACACCCCUCCUUCUGAUGGGCUACUACAACCCCGUCCUGCGGUACGGAGAGGAGCGCAUGCUCAAGGACUGCAAGGAAGCUGGUGUCAAUGGUUUCAUCAUGGUCGACCUACCCCCAGAGGAGGCUGUCCGUUUCCGUGACCUCUGCGCAAGUGCUGGUCUGUCCUACGUUCCCUUGAUCGCUCCUGCCACCUCCGACUCCCGCAUGCGCUUGCUUUGCAAGAUUGCCGACUCCUUCAUCUACGUCGUUUCACGCAUGGGUGUUACCGGUGCCACUGGCUCGCUGAGCGCCAACAUCCCUGAACUUUUGGGCCGUGUCCACGAGUACUCGGGCAACGUCCCAGCCGCACUGGGAUUCGGUGUCAGCACUCGUGAGCAUUUCUUGUCCCUCCAGGAUGAGGCCGAGGGUGUUGUCAUUGGUAGCCAGCUUAUCACCGUCGUUGGCAAGGCCCCUGCUGGUCAGGCUGCUAAGGCCGCUGAGGAGUAUCUUUCCAGUGUUACUGGACGCAAGCUCGAGCGUGAUGCUCAGGGUGCCAUUACCCGCGAGGUCAACAUCAUCGAGGCUAUCGAGAAGGCUCAGCCCUCAGGCGAGGCCAAGCCCACCAAGGUUAUCAGCGAUGCUGAUACUCCUUCCGGACCUGGUCUCGCUGACCAGCUUGAAGCCCUCAACGUGACCAAGAACCCUUCUGCCCAGCCUUCUCGGUUUGGUGAGUUCGGUGGGCAGUACGUUCCUGAGUCCUUGAUGGACUGCUUGGCUGAGCUUGAGCGCGGAUUUGACACUGCCAACAAUGACCCCAAGUUCUGGGAAGAGUUCCGCUCAUUCUACCCCUACAUGGGCCGCCCUAGCAGCCUCCACAUCGCCCAGCGUCUGACUGACCAUGUCGGUGGUGCCAACAUCUGGUUGAAGCGUGAGGAUCUCAACCAUACUGGUAGUCACAAGAUCAACAAUGCCCUCGGCCAGAUUCUGAUCGCUCGUCGCCUUGGUAAGACCCGCAUCAUUGCCGAGACUGGCGCUGGUCAGCACGGUGUGGCUACCGCUACUGUCUGCGCCAAGUUCGGCAUGAAGUGUACCGUCUUCAUGGGUGCCGAGGACGUUCGUCGCCAGGGUCUCAACGUUUUCCGCAUGAAGCUCCUCGGUGCUUCCGUUGUCGCUGUCGAGGCUGGUAGCCGCACUCUGCGUGAUGCCGUCAACGAGGCACUCCGCGCUUGGGUUGUCGAGCUCGAUACCACCCACUACAUCAUCGGCUCUGCUAUCGGACCUCACCCCUUCCCUACCAUCGUCCGUACCUUCCAGUCCGUUAUCGGAAACGAGACCAAGGAGCAGAUGAAAGCCGAGCUUGGUAAGCUUCCCGACGCCGUUGUUGCCUGUGUUGGUGGUGGCUCCAACGCCGUUGGAAUGUUCUACCCCUUCCAGAACGACCCUAGCGUCAAGUUGGUUGGUGUCGAGGCUGCUGGCGAUGGUGUUGAUACUGGACGUCACUCCGCCACCCUUUCCGGUGGUUCUCACGGUGUUCUGCACGGUGUGCGCACCUACGUUCUUCAGAACGAGCACGGUCAAAUCGCCGAGACCCACUCCAUCUCCGCUGGUCUCGACUACCCCGGUGUUGGUCCCGAGUUGUCUAACUGGAAGGACUCUGACCGUGCUACCUUCAUCGCUGCCGAUGACAGCCAGGCCCUCGAUGGCUUCCGCGCUCUUGCUCAGCACGAGGGUAUCAUUCCAGCUCUGGAGUCAUCCCACGCCGUCUGGGGUGUCAUGCAGUUGGCCAAGACCAUGGGCAAGGGCCAUGACAUCGUCCUCAACCUGAGUGGACGUGGUGACAAGGAUGUCCAGCAAGUCGCUGACGAGCUACCCCGCCUGGGUCCUAAGAUCGGCUGGGAUCUGCGCUUCUAA